GGAGUAGGAUACAGCGAGAGAGAACAGAACCGACAGGCUAGGCCAGCCGUCUGCAACAUGAACUGCCUGAUCGGGAAUAAAUAAAUUUCGUGCGUAGGUGGUGCCCGGCCGAACGUUUUGGACAUGUGACCGAGGGCGGGUGCAUCAUCGGGGUGCAUCUUCGUGGUGCACUGCUACUGAUAUUUCGCCGAAAAGAAAACACGUGGUGCCGUUCUUCAGUAUGCUUCUCGAACAGGUGAACUCGGAAUAGACCCCGGUUUCUAGAACGUCAAUUGUAUCGUAGAAAUAAACCGGUGCACUCAAAAUACGCUUACCUGUGACAAUUAUGCGGAAUGUUGUUGGCUAUACAACAAACUGUAGUUGAAUGGACGCUGUGAGUGGAGGGUCAAUCGACGCAUGGAUUAAUCAAGAUUUCUGACAAGAAGGAAACGUGCGGCAUGGGUCUGCCUCGUUUCUCUCUAAAGGGAUCCUUUUUGUACGUGCUAUGCUUGUCCGGACUGCUAUUGGUCAUCCUGAAUUUGUUGCAAGACGAAAUAUGGCAUCGUAUGCGACCUCAUCCUGGACAAACAUUGUCGGCUCGCGUCUCCGACAACACAAAGAUCAAACGAAAUUGGCCUUCGAAAUUGAAGAAGCCGACGAUGCAGGUUCUGCAGACUCGGGAAAAAGGGAAGAAAAAGCUUCUGGUCGAGGUUGCCAAUCUGACCGGCAUUGCAACGUUGUCGCGAAACACUGUGGACGCGUUAGAUCCAUCGCGGAGGCCUUGGUAUAUGAAAAAAGGAAUCAGAAGACCUUUCCCCGCUCUAAAAUCAAAUCGCACUGGACGAAGACUGGCCCGACUGUGGCCCGAAGAAGAUGCUUACGAUGACCGUAUCACGAAUCAGUUAAUGUUCGUGCCAAACAAUUACAAUAAAACACUCACGGAGCAUCAAUUGAAGAAAAUAAUGGUACCGCAUGGUAUGUCUGAAGCCAAAGUUGGCCAGGAUAUAUUUCUUCAGCAUCAUUGUCCAGUGAACACGUGUACAAUUAUUAGGGACGAUCCCAGCGAAGCGGAUUUGAUCCUUUUCAAGGAUUAUGUGACGCACGUGGGCAGAUCACCCAAACAGGUGUGGAUGCUGUAUUUUUUAGAAUGUCCUUAUCACACACAAAACGUGAAGAACGCAAUCAUCAAUUGGACGGCAACUUAUCGGCGUGACAGCGACAUAGUCGCGCCCUAUGAAAGAUGGCAGUAUUACGACUCUAGCAUUACGCAAAUAGCGCAAUCGUUUAACUAUGCAGCUAACAAGACUAAAAAGGUAGCCUGGUUUGUUUCCAAUUGCCAUCCCAGAAAUCAGCGUAUGCUUUACGCUAAGGAACUAUCGAAGCACAUUCAAGUGGACAUUUAUGGGACCUGCGGUACUCUAAGGUGUCCGCGUUCGCAAGCUCAAGCCUGUUUCGAUAUGCUUGACGAUGACUACAAGUUCUACCUUGCCUUCGAGAACUCGAACUGCAAGGAUUACAUUACGGAAAAAUUCUUCGUCAACGGCCUUGGACACAACGUUCUGCCUAUCGUGAUGGGUGCACAUCCAACGGAUUACGCUCGCAGCGCGCCCUACCGGUCAUAUAUUCACGUAGAUGAGUUCGAGUCGCCGAAGGAGCUGGCGGAGUAUCUUCAUCGCCUGGACCGAGAUGAUGAGCUGUACAACUCUUAUUUCCGUUGGAAGGGCACCGGCGAGUUCAUCAAUACUUAUUUCUGGUGUCGGGUGUGCGCAAUGUUACACGACGAACGGCCGCCGAAAUCUUACAAAGACGUGAACGAAUGGUGGCGGGGCGACGGCGUCUGCACGACUAGCUCAUGGCGCGAACACGACUUGGCGCGCGCGGGAAAUUUGAAAACCACCUGAGGACGUUCCGUGUGAGACCCGUGAUUCGAAUUCUGUGAAACGACGCGUUCUGAUCGACCGUGAUCUCGUCGUCCGGACUUCCAAAGGGAGUAAGUAGAAGACUUGUUGUUGACAGGGAGAACGAUUAGAUUAUGCCGAUCUUUGACCCACGGAGAUUCUCUCGUGUUUUCACGCCGCGGGUGUGCGAGGAGGAACGUAGCCUGCAUAGAAAAGACUGCCGACUGCGAAUUCGAUGGAUAAACGAUUCGACAUACCGAAGAAUUUGUACUUUUCGACGAACAACGUGGACUUUUACACAUCAAGCUAGUAUCUAACGCGAAUGAUGUGAUAGGAAUCUAAUCGUACAAUUAUAUUAUUCGAUUGUUUGGGUUUGAUGCGUUCGACGAAUUCGAUGUUCCUGCGUUUGAAUCUUUUAGUCGUUCAGGUUUCGUGGUAGCUCGUACAAAUCACACUGGUGCUGAUCCGUAAGAUGUCCUAACAAGAGCGCACGAUUUCUUCUUCGUACACAUCAUUGUUUCAAAAAAUGCGGAUAUUUUUCUUUUAGUGUUAAAUAUUUACAUUGUAAUUAAAUGUGGAGCAGAAUAUGAUUCACUUUCGCUCAUCUGACGGAGUUUCUGAUUUAAUUUUCGCAUGAUUGCGUUGAUUCGAUUUUGGCACUGGUGCGUUGAAUCUCCGUUUUGAAAUUGACGGGCCGGAUCUCCGUUUGAAGAUGGCGCGGAAUUCAAGUCUUGCGCUCUUGAUGGCAAUUUUAUACUUUAAUUGUUGGUUGUCGAAGAUGGUUACGCACAGAGCAAUUUGUUUUAGUAUAUCGUUCGAUAUGAAUUUUGUAGCGUUCCUUCAACGAUUCUGUCUAUUUGGAUGAAAUUUUACUUACGUUUGUUUGGUGAGUCAAUGACCAAUAUUCAAGCUGAAAAUUUGUAUUUGGUUUCAUAAAAGGUACCAAGGUAGUGUGACGGUUGUCACUGAUAUUACAAGUUGCUAAAAAUUUUGAUUUAUAUGAAGGAAUCAAUCGAAUAUAUUCAUCUACAUAUUUGAAAUUGUAACAAAAUUGUGCAACACGCACAAUAUGUCAAUCUGAGAAGUACGCAAUGAAGUUUUUAUCAGAAUUUCUUUCUAUGUAAUGUAAUUACAUCUUGUAAGAAAUUAAUCUUGUCAAUCGUUACACACAAAACAAUAUUUUUUAAUUCUGAAAGUAAAUAGAAAUCGAUGAUACUAAAUAAGAGCAUCAAAUUUGAGCAUAUGAAUGUUAAUGUAGCUUUAAAUGUUCCUGGAAAUCCAAAGAUGUAGACCUGUAAAGUUUAUGUUUGUCCAUCGUUUAGAUAUAUAUUCAUUGCACGCAUUACCAGCAUGUUCAAUGAAUAUUUAUCAGUUUUUAGAUAAACUGCUCAUGUGGGUUCGAAUCUUGAGGGCAUUCGCUUUACACUUAUUUAAAUGUCAGUUAUAGAAACUGCGUACGUAUAGACUUGGAAUCAUAAACUACACUGUAUAGGAGAUAGUAAUAAUUUUUUCUACUCUUUCCAUGACUUUUGAUAAAAAGAAAAAUGCAAUGUUUACACGAAGAAGAAAUAUCUAACAGUAUUGCAACAUACCAUCCACCAGACAUGUUUAUUUUUAAAGAAUGACGCUUUAUUUUGAUUAGAUACUAUUGGGUAGGCCACUCUUCUAAUUCAUUGUUUUGCAAUGACACCAAUUGAAAGGUCAGAAUACAUGGUAAUAUAUAAUUACGUCCUCUGUGUAACAAUUUAAUGGUACAAUUAUUUGUUCAAUGGGAAGUCAAUCUUCAUUUGAAUCCAAUAACUUUUAUAUUGUUUAGUAUGUUGCAAAGAGACAGUUAUUGGCAUAAUGCACCACUGUUCCAUAUUAAACACACUUUACAACUGCAAGAAGAAUUGUGUAGGUCGUUUGAAAGAAUGGAAAUAUUUCAAGUGAACAAAUUGAUGUCUCAUAUAAUAUAUUAUAUGUAUAUUUACACAAUAUGGUAUCAGGACAAGCUAAAUGGAAGGAAAACUCGCAAAGUUAGGGAAUUACAAGAUUGUGUAACCAUGUGAUCAAGUAGAAUAAUUAGUCCCCAACACAAAUUUAUCAAAUGAUUUACAUAAUUAUGUAAUAUAUUUUGCAUUAAUUUGUUAAGUAUAAAAAUCUCAUUUUAAGGGUCAUAGACAGAAAUUAUUUGAAAAUUUCCAUAAUUAUUUUCUCAUAGUUUUGAAUAUGAAAAAAAGAUCCAACUUUUAGUUGAACUUUCCUUUGGAGUCUUUUAUUAUUAUAAAAGCAUUUCAUAAUUCCGAGCUAGUUACCUCGAACAAACAUUAUCUACACACAGAGUUCCAUAAUUUUCUGAAUUCCCCUAGCUUCCGUUGCGUAUACUAAGACUCUCAGAAUGUGAUGUCUACUAAUUAACGGUAUAUUGACGUCGAUGUACAAUGAUAGGCUAAUGAUUUCUGUGAAUAUUCUUGAGCUUUAAGUGCAGCUACAUAGUAAUUCAAGUUCUAAGAUUAUUCAUGAUGAAUGGAAUUGAUAAAUGUACAAAACCUAACAAGAUAUUCGUGCAUAAACGAGAAUUGUUUAUCGUUCGUAUAGUACGAACCAAUUAGAACUCACCCCCUUUCGGUUUGAACCUACACGCGCCAGUUUCUAGUAGUACGAGUCGGCGUUUGGUGAUCACACCUUCCCAAAUAUUCUGGAAAACUAAUAAAUUCUCGCCUCGGUUAUCUUCGAACUCUACGAUCUCCGUACGUUCUGGAGUAAAAUACUAAAUUAAGUUUUCGAACGCAAGCGUUGUGAGUGAGUAAAAGUUUGGUCGGUCGCCGACCACUGCCACAGACAAUGAAUUUUCAUGUUACAUCGGUGUGUAUUCGAUACAUUGUAAAUGUACAGUUGUUGUUUGUAACAUAUGUCGUCACGUAUGUGAGAUUUUUAUCGAGUCUAGUCGAAUGUAACUUCGUCGAAGCUGUUCUUCGAGUUCUUUUUCAUCGCUACACACACGGCGAGUACCUGUCCGAAUGAUUCCUAAUUUAUUUUCGGUGGUAAUUAACUCGGCAGACCGAGUUCCCAAUUUGGAAAUUUAAAUAAUUAUUAAACUCUCGAUUAAUCUAUUUUUUACUGCUUAAAUUCACUGUAAUAAUUGUCAAUUUUAAUUUGUAACUUCUCCUAUUUGUUUAAACGAUCGACAAAUCUCUCGAUCUAAAUCUAAUUGAAGAAAAUAAUUUUUAUCUGAAAAUAUCUUUUCUACUUAUUAACAAAUAAAAUUGAAACAUAUAUAAAUUGUUUAAUUUAAUUUCUAAAAUUGAAUUGUUGUGACCAAAGGUUUCAUUAUUUUUGAAAUUUCUGAACUGGGAAUCUACUUGUUGUUUAUCCUUUAAGUUCGCACGGAAUUGUUUAAGGGGUUUGCGAAUAAUUAGCGAAUUUAGAUUAUUAUAAUAAAAGUCACCGAUUUGAAAACCCUUUUUACAUUUCGUUUAGUAGAAUCGUACGUCAAUUUUAUGUUGAUCGACUAGAAUAAUUUUAGUUUAUUGUGUCGAGGAAAUGGUUACGUACGCUGCUACUAUUUUAUAAUAAUUAUCAUGUGUUCCAACCGAGUUUGUAUUAUUUCUGCACGAGCUGGUAGUGUCAGCGAUACAUUCACGAGGCGUUUACGUUAACAGUAUCGUACAAAAGCUAGUAUGUAUAGCAAUUGUGGAAAGACAUUAUAUUUUAAGCAGUAAUUUGUAUAAUAGCGUUCAGCUGUUUCAUUAGGGCUGCAAAGGUAUAAUAAUUAUCGAUAUCGUCGAUUGCAAAUUUUUUCUAUAUCGAAUGCAAGUGAAAGACAGUAUGUGAGAAAUUUUAGAGAAUGUAUAGCUUUAGUUCGGUACACUUGCACUAUUAGUUAAAACAAACACAGCUGCAAUCUUAGAUGGUUGUUAAUGAGGUUUAAACAAAUUCCUUUUUGGAAAUAUGCGAAUUUUAUACCACGUUUCUAAUGAUACUUUCAAUCAUUAUAUAGACAUUUUUGCUGUAUGUCCUUUCUCCAGUACAUAUAUGUAUCAAUGAAUGCGAAUCGAACGCGUUACAUAAUGCAUCUAACGCAGGUUCUGUAAAAAAAAAAACGGAGGAUAAUUAACAAUUAAUUGAUAAUCGA